UAAUACUUGCAGGACUCAGAAAGAUUUUUGGUCUAAUUCCUUCAACUUUUUGCUUGGAGUUAAGGUUGAAUCCAACAAGAGGGGGUAUUAAACCUGAGUUUUAUGACAAGGUUGAGGAGUUUAUAGAAACAAUUAGUAAGUUAGAUGUUGUGAAGUCGGAAGGAAAGUGUAGAUGCCCAUGCGUUAAGUGUAGAUGCACAAAUUAUAAAGAGCUGAACAUUAUUAAGAUGCAUUUGUGGGAAAAGGGGUUUAUGCCAAAUUAUUGGAUUUGGACAGAACAUGGAGAGAUUGACGACAUAGGGAUUAAUCAGACGGGAUUCAAUAAUUGUGGGGAAGGUGGUUCAGGAAGUGGUGCAAAUGUGGAAGAAUGUGAUAUAUAUGACAUUAGCUGGGAAGACAACUCCAGAAGGUAUCAUGAAAUGGUUUUCGAUUCUGCUGGUCCAGAAGAUCCUCAUGUAGAGGCUAAAAACUUUGUUGAUCUUCUUGAGGCAGCACAAAAGCCUUUGUGGGAAGGUUGUGUGCACUCUCAACUAUCGAUAGCUGUUAGAAUGCUAUGCAUUAAGGCCGAGGGAAACCAAUCACAAGAGUCAUUUAAGCAGUGGGCCACCUUAAUUAGGGAAAUUGCUCCUGAGGGUAGUGCCAUACCUAGGGAUUACUAUGAGGCUAAGAAGUUAGUGCAAAAGCUUGGAUUGAAGGCAAUCAAAAUAGAUUGUUGCUCAAACAAUUGCAUGUUGUAUCGAAAAGACGAUGCUGCUCUAACUAGUUGCAAGUUUUGUGAAGCACCUAGAUUCAAGCCUAUUUCCGAUGGUGGUUGUAAGUCCAAGAGAGUUCCUUUCAAACGGAUGCAUUACUUACCCUUAAUCCCUAGACUUCGAAGGCUUUACGCGUCAAUGAGUUCAGCUCCGCACAUGACGUGGCAUAUAAAAAAUCAACGUGAUGAUGGCAUGAUGACCCAUCCGUCACAUGGGGAGGCAUGGAAAAGCUUUGACCGUAUCCAGGCUACACGGGUCUUCCUCCACCAAGUUGGCCUACUCCAGGAUGUAUGGGUCCCCCUCCUCCACCCCCUCCUCCAAUUUCGAUUCCUCCUCUGCUUCGCAAUUCCAGUCUAUUAGUUGAUUCAGAGACACUUGGAAGCUCUAGUACAUCUCCUCCAUCAGAGACUGCAUCGGUUCCUAAUAUUGUCACAAAAGAAAGAUUAGUUGACAAGUUGGUUACCUUUCCCUCCUGGUUCUCAGAAGAUUACAGAGAUCAUCAAGAAACGAUAUGAUAAACCAUACAAAAAGUUUGGAGAUGUCCCUCUUCCGACAAAGAAGCUUUGGUUUAAGGAGUGGAAGAGCCACUUUCUUAUUGAUGAUGAUGAUGAUGAGUUUUUCUGGAGGGCUUUCAAGUAUAGGACAAGUAAGCGAUUUAGCUAAAUGAUGUCAGAUAUCUGUGAAGAUGUGGAU